GUUGAUGUACGAUAGAUGGCACGUGAAUAGUGUAAAGAAAUUAGGAAUCGUACCUACAAGUGAUUCAAAAGCAACUUUAAUGAAUUUUAAGAGUACCUAAAUAUUAAAGCAUAAAUUAAUUGUAAAGUUUCGUUUCUUGGUCUGAAACAAUAUCGAUUUUUAUACUUUUGCAAUAACUUGGAAUUUAAUGUACGACGUUAACAUUUUGACAAGCCAAUAUUGUACAGUGAAAUUUUCUAAAAUUUGUUUGAUUUCGUUUUUCUAAUAAAAUUAUUUUAAGAAAACAUUCUAAGUGACCGGUCAUCAUGUCCAACGUCCAUACGGGCGAGUUGUUAAAUUUCCAGGACUAUUCCCCGGAACACAAUGAGCGAACUGCGCGUAUUGAUGUCGAGGCAGUACAUACAAAUCAAUACAAUAAUAGUAAUAUUUCUAAUCAAAAUUACUCCUUUGACGAAACGCCCGGAGCUGUUCCAGAAGCAGAGACUCAACCUCAAUCGAAUCACAACUUCUGGACAAUCGAGUAUUAUCAGAAAUACUUUGAUGUGCAGACCAGUGAAGUUGUGGAGAGGAUUAUAUCAUCAGUAUUGCCCCAGAAAGUCUCUAGAAACUAUUUUGAUGAGAAGAUAAAAGGCAAACCCGACUUGUAUGGACCUAUCUGGAUUUCAUUGACUCUGAUCUUCACAAUUGCCGUGAGCGGGAACAUAGCAAGUUAUCUACAGAAUGUUAACAAGGCAGUCCAUUGGCGCUAUGAUUUUCAUUUGGUGUCUUACGCAGCAACAGCCAUAGUAUGUUACGUUUGGUUGGUCCCUCUGGCACUGUGGGGUGUCUUGAAAUGGACUACGCUUCCCGAUGGACAAGAUGAGAUUGAGACGCAGACCUCAAACUCUCCAACUAUGAUAUCUCUCUUCUGUUUAUAUGGUUAUUCGCUUUCCAUUUACAUCCCUGUGGCUAUAUUCUGGACCAUCCAGAUCUCUUGGCUUCAGUGGUUGUUUGUGUUGAUGGCUGCCUUUGUCUCCGGAGCAGUCCUCAUAUUCUGGCUGCUGCCAGCUUUGAAGAAAUCAAAGUAUUUUUAUAUACUUGUCGGAUCUAUUCUUGCUUUUCAUUUCUUGUUGGCAACUGGUUUUAUGUUAUACUUCUUUCACGGACCAAACGCAGUAAGCGCUCCUGGCGUGCCAGUGACACCGUCAGUGGCUACUAUAGCUCCAUAAUUUGUAACUUCUCCAAGACAUUUACAUACAUAAUGAAUAAUUAUAUUUUUAAUUAAGUACAUUGAUAGCGGUAGGCAGCGGCUUGGCUCUGCCCCUGGCAUUGCUGAAGUCCAUGGGCGAC